UUUCAAGGGUUACCCGUCAGGGGACGCUGCCGCAAGUCCGUAACGAUGGUUGUGCAAGAUGCGAAUCUCACUCCGCGUUCGAACUUCGAAAAGUGUGGUCGAACGAGUAUCGUUUGAAAGGAGAAAAAAAAAGUUCGAAGUUAGGGAAGGACAAGGGAAAAAAAAUCUGACCACUUUUGACAUUUGGCAAGAGAGUUUAAAUGUUUUCUUCCUGACCAAUUAUCGUCUAUAGAAAAAAACAAAAUAAUAAUUCGACGGCAGAACUCACGUGUUUCUUGGAAAGUUGACAGUUUUGAACCGGACAUUGCUUGUCAAGGAGUUUCGUCAUCAACCGGUCACGCUGACAAGCUGUCAAAUUGUGUCCUUCGGGCCACAACAAACGCGACCUAAUCACCAUCAAAAAACUAAUUUAUUCUCGGUUUUCCCCAUUCUUAUAUGACAGGCAAACUUUGAAGAAAAAAAGGACAACAAUUUACCUAACGACAAAAGAAUCCUUUUAAGGUUGUGUUAUUCUUGAAUCAAAAGAUGAGGAAGCACAGGUGAUGCUCUGUAAAUAUUGAUUAUUCAAACCUUCAAUGGACAAAAUUAUUUGACACUUAGAUUGUGGACUAAUAAAUAUUCAACCAUUAGACAUCACAUUUAUAAAAAGUGUUUUCUGUGUAAUUAGUUUCAAAUGCAAGCAUUGGAAAUUAGUACUUAUUCACAAUAUGACCUUUGAUCGACAUGUGUGAUUUAUUGGUUGGUCAACCAGACAUUUCUGUCGGCUACUCAAGACUGAAAUCUUCUUCGCAUCACAAAAGUUCAUGGGACAAUAGAUACGGAAGCAAUACAGAAGGGGGUAAAACCCCCGUUGCAGAUACGACGACACUUCCGGCAGAAAUAAGUCCCGGUUACGGCAUGUGUGUCCGGCCGUCCGGACAGAAGCAGGAGACACCCGAGUCCCAGCAACCUUCGCCAGCGCCAAAAAGCGCCAGCAGUCCUGCCAAGUCCAUUGCAACUAUCAUGGACGUGGCCAUUCGCUGCACUGCUCCAAACUGUACUUGUGAAGGAUUUACUCCAAGCAAACCCAGUAUUCGAUCUUGUGAUUCCUGUCAUCAUGGCUGGGUAGCCCAUGCACUGGACAAGUUGGGCUUUCGUCACCUCUUCAACUGUCAUCAAGUCGAAGUAGUUCAACCAACAGUCGCAUUUGACGUCGCCUCCCUGAUGCUGUACGGGACAGAGGCGAUGCCCAUCCGACUGAAGAUUCUACUAGACAGGUUGUUCAGCGUCCUUCAGCAGGAAGAAGUCGUCCAUGUCCUUCACGGAUUUGGAUGGACUUACGAGGACUAUAACAGAGGAUACAUACUGCAGGACACUCGGGGGCAAAUCUUGGAAAAGUGGACGAUUCCCAGCCGAGAAGAGGAGCCUCUUAUUUUGCAACAAUUCCUUCGAUUCGGUGAGACGAAACCCAUCGCACAACAACUUCUUCUGCAAGAGACGAGUGAGAGAAUGGAAGAAGCCAUCCAAACCUCAAAGGAAUACUCUGACUCAGACAUCAAAAGAUUCAUCCAAAGGACAAGUCGUCUGCUUCCAGGCAUCCCUCCCCCCAUCAUUCCACCACCACCCAGUGUCAGCUUGCCUUCAUCCACAGCUACGGUUACACAUAAUUCUGUAUCAUUAUCUUCUAUGCAAAGUAGACCAAAUAAACCUGCAUCAAGUGUCAGUUCCACGACAUCAUUAUCUCCAGUUCCGAGAUCCCCUGUGAAUAGUCCUCUGUCGUCAUCUCCAUUAAACAAACUUCAAAACAUGCAACCUUAUGAUUACAGAAGAGAUCGAAACAACAGCCCUGAUGUUCGAGACAUUCCAACUCUCCAGUUCCCUCAUCAAACCCAUCACCAAAAUUCUACACCCCUUCCAUCUCCCACAACCGCUAAUACAUCAAUGAACACGUCUGCUACAUUUACUUCCUCUUUCUUCUCACAAUCCACGACUACACUGAGCGAGACAUACGCCAAUUCUAACAACUCUUCCCAACUCGGCAUGACAUCCGAUUUCAGCGCCACCGACGAAGGAUCGGAGAACGAUUCUGAAGCAAUAAAUCUUUCUCAGCACCCACCUACAUUGACGCAUCAUAGCUUUUCUAUGAUGGGCCACAGUCACCUGGACUCAAUAUACGCUGCGAAGAAAGUGAGACAUUUGAGGAAGUCCGCGAAUCCCAUGAAACGUCGAUGGAAUCCCCUCAUGUUGAGUGGAUUGACGACGAAUCCUGCAACAGGGAAGAAACGAGUUCAGUGCCAUGUUUGCUUGAAAACUUUUUGUGAUAAAGGAGCUCUAAAGAUCCAUUUCAGCGCUGUGCAUUUGCGCGAAAUGCACAAAUGCACAGUGGAUGGUUGCAAUAUGAUGUUCAGCUCUCGUCGAAGUCGUAAUAGACACAGUGCCAAUCCAAAUCCCAAACUUCACACGCCAAAUCUCAGAAGAAAGCUAUCUCACCACGACGGACGUAGCUCUUUACCGUUUCCACUUAUACCGCCGUCCACGCUUAUGAAUUAUAGCAAUGGUGGCAGCAAUAAAAAUAUGUUAUCUUUACCGCCUCCUUUACCGUCUGAAAGAGAAAUGGGUGAAAGAAGAAAUCAUUCCCAGUCUGAGAAUUUUGGGAAAAUGGACACGAACCUUCCAUCAAGCACAAUGGAUGAUUCAUCUCCAGACGGUGGUCUUUCUCAUCCAGGUCUCCAAUUUUCACACCGUUCAAGACCAAGUUAUAACUCACCAGAUGAAGCUCUGCCUCUUACCAAACAGCCAAGGUAUGAUAUUAACGGUGAUGUAAGUAACGACGGAGACGAAGGCAUCGAUCUCUCUAUGAAGGAAGACCAGAAUGGAAAUUCUACUAUGAAUAAUAAAGGGGUAAGGAAGAGGAAGAGUUUCAAUCCAACAAAAUGUGCCACAGUGACAAGUGAUGAUGAUUUGCAAUAUGUUUCAACUGAUGAUAGCAGCAGUGACACUUUUGUGGACGAUAAUGGUAUGCUUUCUAAGUCUGAUGAUUGCAGUUCAGAUAUGAUGGAAGAUGAUUCCAAAGAUGAGGAAUUGGUGAAGGACUUAAGCUCUAUUCCCACCACUUCUUCAUAUUUACCAACUUCUCUUCCAAUGUCUACAUCAGUAAAUCAUUCCUCCCCACCUGUCUUGACCUUUUCGAAGCCAGAUGAAAGGAGAGAAAGAAAGUCACCGAUGGCAACAUCUCAUGCUGUUUCAAACUUCAGCAUCGACAAAAUGCAAUCGAAAGAGGAAAUGAAAUCACUAGAUCUUUCUGUUAAACACAAGGAUCCUGUUAUCAAAAGUAAUCAUGAAACUGAAGAGGUGUCUGAAAGUCCUCUACGGUACUUGGAGACAUUGUCUUUAGGGGCAUUUACCGGACUUCUAAACCACAAGUCCAGUUUCUCCCAGCAUGUUACUCCUCCGACUGGAAUAUCUUACCACGCACCUGGACUUGGCUUAGCUUCAACUCCUUCUUCAACAACCAUUCCAGAUCUUACACGAGAGAGACGCUCUCACGUACCACCUUCUGAAUCACAAUCAAUCCCUUUAUCGAUUCCAAGUAGUGGAAUCGGAAUGUCAUCCAAUGAUUCCGAUCAAGAUGGCCAAAUGUCACUUCUACCGGUAUACCGUGAUGCUUCCAUGAUUGGCACCGUGGACAUACCGGUGGAUAAGGAAAAUCCUAGGCGAUGUAUCACGUGUGGAAAGAUAUUCCAGAACCAUUUCGGAGUAAAAACUCACUAUCAAAACGUUCAUCUAAAACUUAUGCACAAAUGCACCGUUGAAGGCUGUAAUGCAGCAUUUCCUUCCAAGAGAAGUCGAGAUCGCCACAGUGCGAAUCUUAACUUACACAGAAAACUUCUAUCAACAACAGCCGAUAAAGGCCACUUUUUUGAUAAAAGUUCUCUAUUUCCUUAUCCUCACCCAGGAAUCGGAUUAAGGGAUGACUAUUUUUCGAGACUUUAUGACCCUCAAAAUCUACCUCUGAACAUCUAUCAUGGUAGAUUCGGUGAAGGAUUUUUACCAUCUACACCAUUCAGCAAUCCAUUAGGACCAGCAGGCGCUCUGGGUGUAAUGAAUCCAUUUCAUCCAGCUUUCAUGGUUCCAACAACAUCCACAUCAGGUUCUUCUCUUCAUGAAAGUGCUACUCGAAUCUCAGACGGUCGUGACGACACCCCUAUAAGUUCCAUAAGUUCCACCCCAAGUCCAAGGCCUAAAUCAUCCUCCCCAUCAUCCAUUUCACCUGAUAAAGAGGAAUCAGGUCGACCCACGAGGAAACCUAUGACUUUGAAAUCCGAAUUAGAGCCGGACGCAGACGGUAGAUUUCCCUGUAAAUUUUGUCAAAGAUUCUUUGCUGAUUCUGCCCAUCUAAAGGACCAUUACGAAGGGACUCAUCUACCUAGUCUAUUACCCUGCCCUACUGAUGAUUGUCCCAAAGUUUUUCUUUCAGCGCAAGAUAGGGACACGCAUUGUGAAAAAGAAGAUCACCAUCACCACAGGGUGAAACUAGAAAAUAACUCAGCUGCAUCUUGAAAUUAAAUUUAUAAAUCUCCUGUGGGCUAAUAAAUACUUGUGAAAUUAUUGACAUCAGUGCCAAUGAGGUGAACAAUCCUCUUUAUCUAAAUGAGAGAUGUUUGUGAUGUCAUAGAAUUAAAUCUCCCUUCUUCCCGAUUUAUAAAUAAAUCUGUGUUCUGACAAAUAGGACGGUAUAUGAUUUGAUUUCAAUUCACCAGCAGUGAAGACUUUCGACUGUGAUUUUUUUUUUUAAAUUUCUGUUUUAACUUAUUGUCUACUUUCAGGGAAAUGUCGAGAAUUUCCAUCUAAGUUGCUUUCAAAUCUAGCACAAUUUAUUUAUAAUGGACUUACUGACACUUCAGGUGCUUAUGACUGCGUACCCAUUCCUUUAUCAGUAUUGCCCGCGAAGAUAUCUUUGUUUAAAAUUCCAUUCCAAAUGUAUAUAUAGUAAAGAAAAUUCUAUUGUGAUUUCGUCAAUUCUCUGAAUUCGUUGAAAUUUUGGGGAAUAGCUCUGUGUAAUAAACUGUGAUGAAUUUUUACGAGAGUAUAGAGCCUCUUUGAGACUUAAUUUAAUAUAUAUAUAUUGAUGGACACCCACCAGAUACUGAACAUUUUCAGGACUUUAAAAAAGGAGUAAAAUAUUGUGGUAAAGAUGUUUUAUUCAGAUCCUUCAUAUCCUUGUCAAGUUCCUCAUCCAAAGAGUGUUCAUGUUUUUCCUUUGGUGUAAUUAAAUUAGAAAAUGGUAAAAAUAAAAUGUUCAGUUUUACAUUUCCUCA